AUGGCGGACGGACUGGAAUAUCUGUCCCCAGACUUCGACCUUAACACACUCACCGUCCCCCGCCUCCGCUCCAUCCUUGUCAGUCAUGAUGUCUCGUAUCCGGCCUCGGCGAAAAAGGCGCAGCUCAUCCGCAUCCUGGAGGAAGAAGUUCUGCCUCAAGCGAAAAAACUCCUGCGAGAGCGCGAUAGGGUGAAGAGAACGAGCGCAGGUAUCACAGAUAUGCCCAGUCGCGCGACAUCGGUGGCUAGUGAUUAUGAUGGACAACACGAAACCAUUGAUAGGGAGUCUAUGCCUCCACCGCCGACACCGUCUACUGUCUCGACCGCGACGGGAACAAGAAGAGGCCGGUCGAGGAUGAGCACGAGGGCGUCGACGGCCGAUACUGAGGAGAGAAACGUACCGAGCACGCCGUCGAUACUCACGAAGAAGAAGGUACCGAAGUCGGAGACCAAGCACGCGCGCGCUUCUGACAAAGACUUGCAUGAUGAUGGCCCUGCGACACCUGUUACUCGGGACAUGGUCACUCCACGCAAAUCCACGGCUAGGAAAUUGCGGAAUAGUGAAAUUGCUCGUUCGAUUGAGCCCGAGCCACACACUGUCUAUGUUAAAGCGGAACCAAAGGAGGACAGUGUCUUCACCGAUGACAAUCCAUUUCAGAGUGGCAGCUCUCCUGGCUCAAGGAGCAUCAGUCGUGAUGUCAAACGAAAGACAAGUUCACGGCUUUCCACCGCCAGUCCUGCUUUCAGCCACGGACUAAGACCACGAAAGUCUGAGACUCCUUACGACCUCGAUGAUGAUAUUUCUAGAACGCCUACAAGAUUACCUUUUGGAUCUCCAGUCACUAAGGCCAGGUUACUGAAGGAGAAAGUUGAAAUAGAGGAUGAGGAUGAAAGUGAGCUCAGUGCCGGCGAGGAAUUUACGCCCGAGGAGCAAUUAGCCUUGGAGGGACAACAGGCGGAGUUAAUGUAUCCAAUGACUCCACGGAUCCGACGCCGAGCUGCCAAGCAGAGUAAAGCAAGCAAAGCUGCUCCCUGGGUCCUCAUUCUCUCUUUACUUUGGGGUUUCGGUGGUUGGUGGCGCAAGGAGAAGAUUGAGAUCGGGUACUGUGGUAUUGGCAAGCCUACUUGGUCCCUGGCAGAAACCAGGGUGCCGGAAUGGGCCAGUGUAUUGGAGCCGCAGUGUGAACCCUGCCCUCCACAUGCGUUCUGCUUCCCGAACUUCGAGGCGAGCUGUGAGCAUGACUUCAUUCUGAAACCGCAUCCUCUAUCGCUCGGAGGUCUGAUUCCUCUGCCUCCCACUUGCGAACCUGACAGUGAAAAAGCUCGGCGUGUGAAAGCCGUUGCCGACAAAGCGAUUGAAGAGCUCCGUGAUCGACGAGCUAAAUUCGAGUGUGGGGGGCGUCUAGAGGAUGGUGAAGAAGUGAUGUCUCCGGAAAUGACUGAGCCAGACUUGAAACAGGCGAUUGCACAGAAACGCCGUAGAGGCAUGAGUGAUGCUGAAUUCGACGAGCUUUGGAAAGGAGCACUCGGCGAGAUUGUUGCGAAGGAUGAAGUUGUUACCAAAACAAAACAACUCUCCGCUGUCCUUGUUCUCACAUCUACCUCAAUCGCACGGCUCCCCCUCACAUGCGCCUUCCGCCGUCACAUCCGACUCUCUCUCCUCGCAUAUCGACUCCCUCUUUCAAUUUUGAUUAUUAUGGUUCUGGGUUUGGUUUACGCUCGUGCAAAAAUUCUUGCUCGACGAUCCGAUCUAGCUCGCGUCCCGGAGCUGGUAGCGACUACGCUAGAUCGCCUAGCGACACAAGCAGCGCUACAUGCUCGCGGUGAGGCGAAGGAACCGUACAUUCCCAUUGGUCAGUUGCGUGACGACGUUCUCCGCUCUGAGCUCCACGGCAGGCGACGUGAAGAGCUCUGGAGGCGGGUUCGCAAUGUAGUCGAGGGCAAUGCCAACAUUCGCGCUGCGGUCCGCGAGGGCCGGGGUGGAGAUGUUGCGCGGGUCUGGGAAUGGAUCGGGGGUAUUGGCGGCGUUCACGGCAAUGCUCUCGAGAGCAGCGCUACCCGACAACGAGAGAGUAACCACCAACUGCCCUACUCGUCUCCAUCGAGCGAGGGCAACCGCCCUCCGGUCGAUCAACAUCAGUUGACGCCCAGAAGUCCUGGGGAACUUCGCCGUUGGGACGAAGGUAGACCCGUCUAUUAA